GAGUUUAGUGGGUGGAGUCUGAGAAAGGUACCGCUUCUUCAGCAUCCUUCAGCAUCUUUCCUAAGGAGCAUCCUAAGAAGCUCCUGACUUGCAAUGAAUGGGACGCAAGUAUGCCGCCUGAAACAAGUGAACGCACACCAUUAACGACAUUUUCCUCUUAAUAAAACAAUGAUGGGACAAUGAAUCUGGAUAAAUCCUUAGAGACAUCGGUGGACUCCAACAAAGAGUAUGACAUUUUGAGGGAACUGGAAAAAUUAUCUGUGGAUUUUCAUCUUUCUUGACUGAACUUCUUCAACUUUGAGGAUGCCGGUUUUGAAAAGGGAACAAGCAAGAAACACGGGAGAUCCAAGUGGCCUCCCAAAGCUCCCAGUGCCACCCUUGCAACAAACACUGAACAUGUACCUGAAGUGCACGAGUCACCUCAUAACAGAGGAGCAGUUAAAAAAGACAAAGGCGAUUGUAGAGAAAUUUGGAGCACCUGGCGGGAUGGGAGAAUUUCUACAGAAAAAGUUACUGGAGAGAAGCGAACAUACAGCCAACUGGGUGUAUGACUACUGGCUUGAAGACAUGUAUUUGAGCAACAGAUUAGCACUACCUGUCAAUUCCAGUCCUGUGAUGGUCUUUCCCAAGCAGAACUUCAGGAGUCAAAGUGACACCCUCAGAUUUGCUGCCCAUCUAAUUUCUGGCGUAUUAGAGUAUAAAUCUCUUAUAGAUGGACGUGCCCUCCCUGUAGACUAUGCUCGUGGGCAGCUGGCUGGGACGCCCCUGUGUAUGGAUCAGUACAACAAGGUCUUCACCUCCUACCGUUUGCCAGGGCCAAAAACUGACACUUUAGUGGCUCAGAAGAGCACAGUUAUGCCCGAGCCCGAACAUAUAAUAGUGGCUUGUAAGAAUCAAUUUUUUGUUCUCGACGUGGUGAUAAACUUUCGUCGGUUGAAUGAAAAAGACCUUUACACUCAGCUGGAGCGAAUCAGAAAGAUGUCAGACAUUGAAGAAGAGCGUCUGCCUCCGAUCGGUCUGCUCACAUCAGAUGACAGAACACAGUGGGCCGAGGCUCGCAGCAUGCUGAUCAAAGAUUCUACCAACAGGGACUCUAUAGACAUGAUUGAGCGCUGUCUGUGUCUGGUGUGUUUGGACGAGCCGUCUGGCACUGAACUGACUGAUACCAACCGAGCUUUACUGAUGCUCCACGGAGGGGGCACAGACAAAAAUGGGGGCAACCGUUGGUAUGACAAGCCCAUGCAGUUUGUAAUAGGUGCAGAUGGAUCCUGUGGCGUUGUAUGUGAACACUCACCUUUUGAGGGAAUAGUGCUUGUGCAAUGUACAGAAUAUCUACUGAGAUACAUGAGAGGAAGCCCUUCUAAGCUGGUGAGGGCAGCCAGCAUGAGUGAGCUUCCUGCCCCCAGACAACUGCACUGGAAAUGCUCGGCAGAUAUCCAAACGUUUCUCACGUCCUCAGCAGAUAAAUUACAGAGGCUUGUGAAAAAUCUGGACAUGAAUGUCAGCAAAUUCACUGGUUAUGGCAAAGAGUUCAUCAAGAAACAGAAAAUGAGCCCUGAUGCUUAUGUUCAAGUUGCCCUCCAGUUUACAUUUUACAGAUGUCAUGGAUGUCUAGUGCCCACCUAUGAAAGUGCAUCAAUACGCCGCUUUCAAGAAGGACGAGUUGACAACAUUCGCUCCUCCACACCUGAGGCCUUAGCAUUUGUGAAAGCUAUGGCAAAUAGCUCCAAAAUCACUGAUGUUGAGAAAAUGGAGUUGCUUUGGACUGCCAUUAAAGCCCAAACCAAUUAUACAAUUCUAGCAAUCACUGGGAUGGCAAUAGACAAUCACUUGCUGGGGCUACGAGAGAUUGCCAAGGAGCUGAAACUAGAAAAGCCAGAGCUGUUUUCUGAUACAACCUAUGCCACCAGCAUUCACUUCAUUCUCUCUACAAGCCAGGUUCCUACCACUGAAGAGAUGUUCUGCUGCUAUGGUCCUGUUGUCCCUAAUGGCUACGGAGCCUGCUACAAUCCUCAGACGGAUCACAUCAUCUUCUGCGUGUCAAGCUUCUGUGACAGUGCCGAGACCAGCUCAGAUUUGUUUGUGAAGACUCUUGAGGGGUGCCUGAAGGAAAUGCAAGAUCUAUGCACAAAAUGCAACACUGAAGCUAAACCAGCUGACUCUACGAAAAGGAAGGACGGAACUACCAAGGUAAUGAAGAAUGGAAGCAAGUCAUAGAAAUAAGCUACAUCAUUUGAAUCGUAUGGAAGAUGCAGAAACCAGUGUGACUGUACAAAGGUGGACAUUUUGGGAGAAAAUAAGAGACUCAAAAACAUAGCAAGACUGAUUUAGUGAAUACUUUUGAUAUGCAACAGAGUCAAAGUAGGCAUUUCCCUUAAGUAUUUCCUCUAUAUUGCCAAAUUUAAUUACCAACAGCAGUGAUAUAGAUAUUCUAUGGAGCUGUAGUUGCUUGACAAAAGUAGAUCUAUUUAGUUAUUUUACAUUAUUUGGACUAUGAGAGCAUAUACAAAUUAAACGGAAGUAGAUGAAGCUCAGCAGAUAUACAGUAAAUGAUGCCUUCUUAAUAUGACCUGAACUAGCUGAGGUCUGUUUCCAAGAAUCCUACCCAGCUUUUCAGUCUGACUAAGAGUAUAUUAUAGUUGUCACUGUCAAAGGCAGCAUUAAAAGGAUAGUUCACCCAAAAAUAAUCAUUUACUUACCAUCAUGUCAUUCCAAACCUGUAUG